AAGAGCUACAAGAAAAGUUUGCUGAAAAAUCCAGGCAAAAAAGAAAACUUGAUGAGAUGUAUGAUCAGUUGAGAAGUGAAUAUGAAUCAGUAAAGCGGUCAGCUAUUCAACCUGCAAAUAAUUUCUACUCCAGAGCAGAGCCUGAUUUGUUCUCAAACACGGCUAGCAUGAUGGACAACAGAGACUCUCUAAGAAAAGGGCCAAGAGAAGAUAUCUGGCCUACAGCAAGACACAACAAUUCUAACUCUGGCCACUUUGAAUUCUCCAGUGGUUCACCUGCAAAAGAACCAGGCCUUCAAAUGGAGGCCGGAAACAAAAGAAUUGGUGUACGUUCUGCUUUUGGUGUUGGACCUGGGGCUGGAAACCCCUCAAUGGCACUAAGGAAUCUCAUCAUUUCACCAAUAAAGAGGCCUCAGCUCUCUCGUGGUCAGCCUCAAAUGUUCACUUUGUAGACUUGCAGAUACAGAGUUCUUGCUGUUGGGUCUUUGGCUUCUUCAAACAGCAAAUUGUAAUUUUGUUUGUUGCCUUAUUAGGAAUCUGCCAAAGAUAACUUGAACAAAUGUGUUUAUAGUAUACUGACCAUGGCAAACCAGUUAGACCUUAUAGAAGGUGUACUAUGUAAGAGCCUCAAUUUCCAGUAGUGGACAACACUAUAAUUUUUGAAAAACAGUGUAAUGCAUGUUAUGAGAAAUGCAGUUAUUGAA